CGUUAUACAGGGCAAAGUAGUCUCAGAAUACAGUAGCUCAAUAGUUGGAGUGCACUGUUUGACGAUCUAUCGAUUAUUUGUGAAAUUAAUUUGUCUCUAGCAGAUUUAGGAGUGGUAGAUCGGAAGUGAAGAGUUUCAAAUUGUGAUUUAGGGAAAGUUCAGUACGGUAAAUAUCUUGACAUAUCUUACCGAGCGGCGCCAACGGGGCGACUCUUUGCUAGUAACUCGCUUCUUAUCCUUGGAAGUCAUACUGCUGUCUCUUGCACCGGCAACAUCUAUCAUAGUCUCAGUUAAGAACAUUCUCCAUCAUUACCUUCAACCCUCUACAGAGUGCUUCAUCCAAAGCAGUUCAAAAUGCCCUCACUGAUCUCGAGUACGAAGCUCGAGAAUCAUACCUAUAAUGUCUUGAGUGAUGUAUUUGACUUUCCAAAUGAUGAGCAAAGACUUUGGUGGCAUUCUACGGCCCCAAUGUUUUCCAAUAUGCUCCAAACAGCUGGCUAUGAUACGCAUCUUCAAUACAGACAUCUUGGACACUUCAAGAAGCAUAUCAUCCCAUACUUGGGCGUUUACCCCGAUAAUGAGAAUGACCGGUGGCUUAGCAUCCUCACACGAUAUGGAACUCCUCUGGAGCUGAGCCUGAAUUGUUCCGACUCACUUGUCCGAUACACAUAUGAACCUAUAGAUGAAAAGACGGGUACACCUGAAGACCCUUUCAAUACUCAUGCUAUUUGGAACGCUCUACGGAGCUUGAAGAAGGUUCAGCCGGAUCUGGACACUGAGUGGUUCACUUACUUUAAGAAAGAGUUGACUCUGAAUUCCGAGGAAUCGGCACAUCUGAUGAACCGUGGUCUCGUGCAGGGUCAGAUCAGAACUCAGAAUAAACUGGCAUUGGACCUGAAGGGGAACAAUUCCAUGGUCAAAACCUAUAUUUAUCCAGCUCUGAAGGCUUUGGCGACUGGCAAGUCGAUACAGACACUCAUCUUUGAUUCUGUGGGGAAAAUGGCAGAGAAAUUCCCAACCAUUCAACCGGCAUUGGAGACGCUGGAAAGCUACGUCAAAUCAAGAACAGGUCCAUCAAGCACCGUUACCCCACGUCUUUUCUCUUGCGACCUUGUGGAACCGGGUGUUUCUCGAAUCAAAAUCUACCUUUUGGAAAUGAUGGUGUCCCUAGAAUCAAUGAGGGACCUAUGGACCCUGGGAGGACGUCGUAACGAUAAGUCUACCCAGGAAGGUUGGGAGAUGAUCGAAGAGCUUUGGGAACUCCUACAGAUCCCUCCUGGACUUCAAAAAUAUCCCGAACCAUAUCUACCUUUACACACCACGCCAUGCGAGCAGCUCCCAACAAUGGCUAACUACACACUUCACCAUGGGGAAUCGAUGCCUGAGCCUCAAGUCUACUUUACUGUCUUUGGUAUGAACGAUAUGGCAAUUUCCCAAGCUCUGACGACGUUUUUCGAGCGAAGAGGAUGGUCAGACAUGGCUCAGAAAUAUACGGAUAGCCUCAGAUCGUACUAUCCUUACGAUGAUCUCGAGACAAUGAAUUGGUUGCACGCUUAUAUCUCGUUUUCCUACCGGAAAGGCAAGCCGUACCUCAGUGUCUAUCUACAAACCCUCGAGACCGGAGACUGGCCGCUUCUCCAUCUGAAAUCGACGGGUGCUACCCCGGCACAGCAAACAUGAUCGAUACUCACCAAGAGACUCACUAAGAGCCCCUUAAAUUAUACUUGGGAUAUUGUUUGAAGUGUUCAUUCGAUAGCAAUGAAGAUGUAUUAAUGGGGACCCUCAUUUUAAGUGCGCUAAUACACAAAGAUAAUGUUGCAUUCUACGUACUUUUCGUAUUUCAGUUUAGUUAUAAGACUCGGUGCCAUACAGAAUGAUCCGAAUGAAACUAUGCUUGAUCAAUGAGUUCAUGUUAGGUCUUGGGUUAUGUGUAUGCUGUAUUUUCCAUCUUGCAAUCUUGCUUGGCGACACAACUCGAUUCAUUACACAUUACACCGCUCAAGCACGUUGCCGGACUUGGCGCACAAUUCGGCACUUAUUCUUCAUCACCUACAUGGCACUAUGUGUCCUUCUGCUUGAACUUGAUUUUUGCUUUUUACACGUCUUGCUUUCUUAGAAAGCUCAUCUGCACCUCACUAGGGGCUGUCACAUUUCGUAUUACCGGACCACGCUGUCUCGGAUAGGCGGCCCGCUCGCCGACCCAGUAGCACCUAACCUAGGCAGCUAGGAAGG